UCCUGAAAAUAUCAAGGGUUUUCUAAAAUAUCACCUUUCAGACACAAAAUAAAUUUUCUUUUGUUAAACAUGGUUUAACUUUCUUUGUAUGGAAUUUUUUUUUUUGAAUAUCACUAACUAUAGAGUAACAAUACAAUUUCAGAGUCAACUACAGGCAAAAGUAAUCAAUAUGAAAGAUUUCGGCAAGGCUGCGAAGCUACUCUUUAGGCUUCUAUAUACAGAAAAUGAGUACAAAGGGAGAAGUUUGUCUGGUGGGCGGCCUAACGCCAAAUAUGAGCAGCGACCGCCCAUAGAAGACACCACAAAACUUCAUGUAAUAUAUGACAUAAUCAAGGAAAAAUUUGGGACAGCAGAAGUCCAGGUGAAAGAUAAGAUAAGAGAGCUUCUGAAGCCUUCCAGAGCAAAGUGAAAACUGUAUUUUGAAGGACUGCUUAAGAAACUUUUAAUCCCUAUUUUGAACACUGCUGUGUAUAAAACUUUUUCUUAAAUAAUGCAAUAAAUCAUCAUUUCAGCAA